UCUCCAACUGCCUCCCCAACGACCAACCACUGCCUCCUCCGCUGGCUACUCCAGGAGCCUUCCCUAUACUCCCAAUCCCUGAACACCGCCAGACCCUGAUCGCCUUAAGGGCCCAUAUGCUAGGGCAUCCUGGAGGGAGCUUGCUCCCCACCUUCUCCAGCCCAGAAACCUGCCAGGAUUGCUCGCUCCCCUGCAGCCAUCACCACCCAACAGCUCCCACACUGCUCCGAGUGCCCAAGAGCUGGACCAUGAGGCUGGCCGUGGCAGCCCUGCUCCUGGGCCUCACGAUGAUGGCCACCGGAGACGAGGGGGACAAGGACCCGUGCGUGUACGAAGCCCUGCCUGACAACGACGCUGUCCUCUGCAAGGGCCUUCAGGUUUUCUACCCAGAGUUGGGGAACCUCGGCUGCAUGGUUGUUCCGGAAUGCAACAACUACAGACAGAAGAUCACCUACUGGACCGAGCCGAUCGUCAAGUUCCCUGGGGCCUUGGACGGUGCGGCCUACAUCCUGGUGAUGGUGGAUCCAGAUGCCCCCAGCAGGUCUUCUCCCAAAGCUCGAUUCUGGAGACACUGGCUGGUGACAGAUAUCAAGGGCGCUGACAUGAAGAAGGGGAAGAUUCAGGGCCAGGAGUUAUCACCCUACCAGCCUCCUUCCCCACCAGCACAAAGUGGCUUCCAUCGCUACCAGUUCUUCGUCUAUCUUCAGGAAGGAAAGACCAUCUCUCUCCUUCCUAAAGAAAACAAAACUCGAGGCUCUUGGAAUAUGGACAGAUUUCUGAGCCGCUUCCACCUGGGCGAACCUGAAGCCAGCACCCAGUUCAUGACCCAGAAUUACCAGGACACGCUGCAUCACCAGGCUCCGGGAGGAAGCAGUGAGCCCAAGGACAAACCUGAACCGAGAUAACUGCCCGCCAGACCUCAGGCUUCACGUUGCAGGUGUGUGCACAGUACUCACCACCCGUGGUCUGUGUUUGGAACCCACUCCGGGUAUGAAACCCUUUCUCUUCCGAAUAAAAAAAAAAAAAAUGAUCCAGGGCUUAA